GGAAGUGAGUGUUGUGAAAUUCUUCAGACAUGGACGAGCGUUAUUACACGAUUUCUAAGGAACAAGUGGCCGUGAAGGCGAAGUACCCGGCUGUUAUCAAGAAGCACGAGUAUUUGGAUCACACUGCAGAUGUUCAGCUUCAUGCAUGGGGAGAAACUUUAGAAGAAGCCUUUGAGCAAUGUGCCAUGGCAAUGUUUGGCUAUAUGACUGACAUUGAGACUGUAGAACCCAUAGACACAGUAGAGGUGGAAGCGGAAGGACAAGACCUGCUUUCACUUUUAUACAAUUUCCUGGACGAGUGGCUGUAUAAAUUUAGUGCUGACCAGUACUUUGUUCCCCGGGAGGUGAAGGUGUUGUACAUAGAUCGUAUGAACUUUAAAAUCCGUUCUAUUGGGUGGGGGGAAGAAUUCAAUUUAUCCAAACACCCCCAGGGAACUGAGGUAAAAGCAAUUACAUAUUCAGCCAUGCAGGUCUGUGAGGAGGAGAAGCCUGAAGUUUUUGUCAUCAUUGAUAUUUAACAUGUGAAUGGUUACAGAAAAAUGUACUUCCAUUUUUUUGCAGUCUAAUCUGGAAGAAAA